AUGGAAGAACAAAUCCAAGCUAAGAUGGCCGAACUGGAAAAGAUGCAACAGGCUCUCAAUCAACAAAAGCUCCAAAUGCAAGCAGAGUAUAAGCGCAUAACGGAGGAAAGAGAGAAAAACAACGCAGAGCUGUUGCAGAGAUCACUCCAGGUAGCCCAGGCAACGAGGCCCGUCGUAACAGGUACGAUCGGCUCAAUGCAGCAAUUCACCUUGAAUGACGAUUGGACGGUGUGGCAUGAAAGGCUGGAGCAACAUUUCAUAGCGAAUGACGUGCUAGACGGAAAAAAGGUCGCAGUGUUCAUUACGCUACUUAGUGCAGAGGCAUAUACGUUGCUACGAGACUUAUGCUCGCCCGAUGCUCCCUCGAAGAAAACGAUAGAACAGCUUGCAACAAUCAUGAAAGACCAUCUUCAACCCAAGCCCAGCUGCAUAACCGAACGCUACAAAUUCAAGGAGAGACGACAACAAGCCGGUGAAAAUGUAAAACAAUACAUCGCCAGCUUAAAAAAACUAUCGAUGCAUUGUGAAUUCGGCAACAAUUUGGAAAACCAACUUCGAGACCAGUUCGUGUGGGGCCUUAAAUGUGACGCAACGAAGAAACGGCUCCUCGGAGAAAGAGACCUCACAUACCAAAAGGCCAUGGAGACGGCAACAGCGCUAGAAGCUGCGACUCGCGACGUUGCAGAGAUGCAAGGCUCCAGGAAUUCGACCGACGCUGCGAACAUCAGCUACAUCGCAAAACGAAAAGGUAAACAAACUCCAAACUCGCGAAGCAAGGCCGCGAUUAAAUGCUAUUGUUGUGGUAAACCGAACCACAAAUCUUCGGAAUGUCGUUUCAGAGAGUACGAGUGCGAUGUAUGUCAUAAGAAAGGACACCUUAAGUCCGUAUGUAAAAGUAAACAUAACGCAAGCUCUUCCAAGUCAAAAAACGAUAACGCAUCAAAAAUGUCGGGAAACAAUUCUUCCACGAACGCUUGUAAUUAUAUUGAUAACACCGACGAAUUGAACGAGCCAUUCGAGAGAAUGUUUUACUUAAGCGAUACGUUAAACAAAAUCGAGCCGUAUACACUAAGAAUGAAUGUCGAAGCAAACGAGAUUGAAUUCGAAAUAGAUUCCGGGUCGCCAAUCACCGCUAUAUCUGUUGGAAAACUAAAAGAGUACAAAAACUUAUGCGAGUUAGAUAUUAAAACGCAAACCAGAAAAUUUAAAAGUUAUGUUGACAGCCCAAUUAUUCCGAUUGGUACAAUAAACGUACUUGUAGAGCACAAUAAAGUAAAAAGAAAUUUAAAAUUGUAUGUCAUGCGCGGAAAUAGUUUACCAAUUAUUGGUCGUGAUUGGCUAACCGAAUUUAACUUAAUUGAACAAAGAAGCGAUGGUAAAAUUGUGAUAAAUUCAAUCCACUGUAUUUACGACGACAUAUACCGGGAGUUUAACGAUGUAUUUACUGAUAAGAUAGGAAAAUAUACAGGCGGCAAACUUACACUUCAUUUAAAGCCAGACGCCAACCCAGUGUUUUGUAAGCCGCGACCGGUGCCGUACGCUAUGAGAGAAAACGUGCUUAAAGAAAUUCAAAGAUUAACGCAUGACGGCUUAUUGACUCCGGUCAACAGUAGCGAAUGGGCUACACCUAUUGUACCUGUCGUCAAAAGCAACGGACAAAUACGCAUUUGCGGUGACUAUAAGAUCACGUUGAAUCCGAACUUAAUCGUGGAUAAACAUCCGAUUCCGCGAAUACCAGAUUUGUUAACCAAAUUAAACGGGGGAGUCAUAUUCUCGAAAUUAGAUCUAUCACAAGCUUUUCAGCAAAUCGAACUUGACGACGACUCAAGGGCGCUUACAACACUAUCAACGCCCGCUGGGCUUAUGUCAACGACACGACUCAUGUACGGUGUAGCAUCCGCCCCCGGACUAUUUCAACGCGAAAUGGAAAAAGUCUUGAACGGUAUAAGCGACGUAGUAUGUUUUUUUGACGAUGUGUUGAUUACUGGCGCGAACAAAGAAGCGCAUGACAAAACUCUUAUUGAAGUACUGACACGAUUGCGAAAAAAUAAUUUGACCUUAAAAAAGGAAAAAUGUAAACUUGGCGUCGAUUCAAUUGUAUUCGUGGGAUUUGUUAUCGAUAAAAACGGCAUCAGAGCCGAUGACAAAAAGGUCGAGGCAAUUCGGAAACUACACCCACCGUCAAACGUUACGGAAUUAAAAUCAUUUUUGGGUAUGAUCAAUUAUUUUUCUAAAUUCAUACAGAACUACGCGAGUUUAGUGAACCCUUUGUAUGAACUUUUGAGGAAAGAUACGCCAUUUACGUGGACGCAAAAAUGUGACGAGGCCUUCGAGGCUACAAAGAAUAUACUAGCAUCCCGCACGGUACUGAUGCACUACAGCCUGCAACUUCCGAUUAAGCUUACAUGUGAUGCCUCACCGACGGGCGUAGGGGCGGUCUUGUCACACGUGCUCCCAAGCGGAGAGACCAAGCCAGUGUCGUACGCGUCGCGCGCGUUAAAUAAAGCCGAACGGGGGUAUUCACAACUCGACCGCGAAGCACUAGCAAUAUUUUUCGGAGUAAAAAUCCACCAUCAGUACCUGUACGGCCGAGAAUUUAUUUUAGAAACCGACCAUAAACCCUUGACGUUCAUCUUUGGCUCAAAAAAAGGGCUGCCGCAAAUGGCGGCGAGUCGCUUACAGCGCUGGGCGGUUUUUCUUAGUGGCUAUAAUUUUGAAAUCCGGCACGUGCGCGGAGCCGAUAACGUCGUGGCAGACGGGUUGUCUCGCAUAAACAUGAAUGAACUAACGGACAAAACGGUCUCCGAAGAAUAUUCAUAUUUAAAUUACGUUGAAAAUGAAACCAACACGAUCGACGGAAAAAUCGUGCGUCACGAGACUCGACUCGACCCUACAUUGAUUAAAGUUAUGAAGCAUUUGAACUUCGGGUGGCCCAGUCAAGUGGACCCAGAGUUGCUUCCUUACAAAAAUAGAUGUAACUCCUUAACGAUCGAACAAGACUGUAUAAUGUUCGGGCACAGAAUUGUAAUUCCAAAAGCGCUGCGGGGGAAGGUACUUUCCGAAUUGCAUGCGGCCCACAUGGGUAUUGUACGCAUGAAAGCGAUAGCCCGAUCUUUUGUAUGGUGGCCGAACAUAGACGCGGACAUCGAGAAUGUAUCCAAAUCAUGUGCCCUUUGCGUCGAAAAUGCUUGUAACCCCCCCCGCUCUCCACUUAUAACAUGGAAUUGGCCAAACGGGCCAAAUCACCGCAUUCAUGCAGACUUUCUAGGUCCAAUCGAAAAUAAUAUGUAUUUAAUUAUCAUCGACGCUUUUUCAAAGUGGGUCGACAUGAAAAGAAUGCCAAAUAUCAAAACGAGCGAAACAAUAACUGCCUUCAAGCAGUAUUUCAGUACCUGGGGCUUACCGAUUAUGUUAGUUACCGAUAACGGUCCGUCAUUUACGGCAAAACCGUUUGCGAACUUUUUGAUCAACAAUGGCAUCAAACAUGUAUUAACUCCACCUUUUCAUGCAGCCUCAAACGGCGCUGCCGAAAAUGCGGUGCGUAGUUUUAAGACUAAAUUUAAGUUACUUAUGAAAGAGAGCGGCGAUAAGGACGAAGCAUUACUAAAGUACUUAUUCUAUUACCGCUCGUCGCCUCAUUGUACGACGGGAUGUUCACCAGCCGAGCUCCAAUUUAAUCGCUCCAUGCGUACCAGACUGGACCUAAUUCGUCCAGAUAUUCGCGAAAACGUCGAACGCCAACAGAGUCAACAAAAAAAAUAUUUUCAUGGCAACCGACAAAAGCAAUUCGAAUUAGACGACAUAGUCGCUGCAAAAGACUACCGAGAUAAUAAUUGGAGGCCGGCUACGGUUGAAAAUAGAUUAGGUAAUAAUGUGUACGAAGUGCGAACCAACGACAAUCGCAUUUGGAAGCGACAUAUCGACCAAUUAUGUACAAGCGGCGUAUACCCCUCUCAAACUAUAAUUAAGAACGAAAGCUCCAAUGUUGAAAAUACACCAUGUACAAGUCCUCCAAAGUCACAUCCUCCAGUAGAACUUAAUAAUAAUAAUAAUAAUAAAUCGGAUAAGUCGCCGGCCAAAGACCAAAUUGUAUCCACUGCGAUUGACCAAACUGCGGUCACUUCUCCACCUAUGAGCAACUCUCCAGUACCUCUGCGCAGGUCCACACGAGUAGCUAAACCGCAAAAAAUAUUGGACUACUCCGAGCUCUAA